AUGCUAAAGCAAAAAGCAGAUUUUGUGAACAAAUUGUGCUUGGGAAGAAUCUUCACCUGGGCCAUUGAUCUUGGGGGCCCCGGUACAGUGAAGAACCCGAAUUCUAUGAGAAGUGACGAAAAGGAUCUUGACGGUGCUGAUGUAAAUGGAAGAGACGGCGGAUCGGGGGAUGUCUAUGUCUCUCCGGAUAUUUUAACGAAGGACAAUCCGGUUAUAGCAUGUGUACCCCCUUGUACAUUUAUCUUUCCCGCAAUCUCCUUGAACGCACACACCACAAUCACCUUCCCUCCUUAUACGACCUCUUUGGAAGUUGCCUAG